GGCGCUGUGGCUUCAGACCGGGACAUGACGGCCACGGGGUAGUGAGGGCGUCAGGCCAGCAGCGUGACACACCUCGCAGCGCGCACGUGUCCAGUGUACAUCCCCCGCCAGCCAUGUCAUCCAUCGUGCUGUGCAGCCUCGGCAACAACAACACCAACAACAACGACACAAACAACAACAACGAGGAGCAGGAUGACGGCUUGCCCACGGCACUCUACCGCUGCCGCGCGCCCAUCGCCAGCCUGGACUGCAUGGAGGAGUUCACCAGCGGCAACGAGCACACGGGCGCGCCCACCAAGGAGCAGCUGCUGCAGGGAUAUGCCCAGCACACGCCCGUGUCGGCGCCCAACAGCGCGCUCGCGCCGCGCCAGGCCUCCAUCACGCCCGGCCUGCGCUACCGCAACCUGGGCAAGAGCGGCCUGCGCGUCUCCAACGUCGGGCUGGGCACGUGGGUCACGUUUGGCGGCAGCGGCUCGCCGAACUCGGAGCAGGCUGAGGAGGUGAUCAACCUGGCCUACGACAGUGGCAUCAACCUGUUCGAUCUGUCGGAGGCGUACAGCGGGCCGCGCGCAGAGGCGGAGCUGGGCCGCAUUCUGCAGCGCCAGGGCUGGAAGCGCAACUCCUACAUCGUCACCACCAAGAUAUACUGGAACACAAAGUCUGACGAGCGAGGUCUCUCCAGGAAGCACGUCAUCGAGUCCGUUAAGGCGUCGCUGGCGAGACUGCAGCUCAGCUACAUCGACGUGGUGAUCAUCCACAAGGCUGACCCCAUGUGUCCCAUGGAAGAAGUGGUGCGGGCAAUCAACCACGUCAUCAGCCAGGGCUGGGCCAUGUACUGGGGCACGGCGCGGUGGACGGCUGCAGAGGUCAUGGAAGCCUACACAAACUGCCGCCAGUUCAACUGCGUGACGCCCAUCUGCGAGCAGACCGAGUACCACAUGUUCUGUCGAGACAAGACCGAGCUGUACAUGCCCGAGCUCUACAACAAGAUAGGCGUGGGGCUGAUGACAUGGUCGCCGCUUACCAUGGGGCUGGUGUCGGGGAAGCUAGAAGAGGGUGGCGUGUCAUUGUUCUCGCGGUCUUCUAUCAAGAACAAGUAUUCAUCAUUCAGUUGGACGGAAGACGAAACUCAGGCAGCCAAUAAGGAGAGCUACUCCUGGAUCAAGGAGCGCAUGCAGCCCGAAGAAACGCGCAGGCAACACGAGAAGCUGCGGGACAUCGCGCAGCUGGCCGAGAAGUUGGGCUGCACGGUGUCGCAGCUGGCCAUCGCGUGGUGCCUCAAGAACGAGAGUGUGCAGUGCCUGCUACUGGGGGCCGCCUCGGUCGACCAGCUGUACGAGAGCAUCCAGAGCCUGCAGCUCGUGCCCAAGCUGAAUGCCAGCACGAUGAGCGAGCUGGAGCGUAUCCUGGACAACAAGCCCGCGCGCCCGCCCAUGGUGUCCACGCUGGCGCUCAGAUGACAGUCCAUGUGCCCCCCGGCGGGGCAGAACGGAUCAGUAGCCGGGGACCUCUCUCCCAAGGAGGAGUCCGUCCAGGAGGAGUCCAAGGAGAAGAUGCCCUUCUGCAGCGUGCAGUGACGUCACGAGUCCGGGCGCGCCGGCGGCGACGCGCAGCCGACCCCCGUGUGAGGCGCGUGGGCGGUGGGGCCGAGACUCCGCCUCCCCUUCCCCUUCCGCCACCAACAAUCCCCUCCCCUCCCUUCCCAUCCCACCACUUUCCUUUCUGCUACCCUUUCUGUGCCCCUUUUCAAGAUCUGUACCUGUGCGGCGAACCCACUGUGGGAACUUAUCUCACCUUUUACAAUUCUUAUAGCGCACUGCGACUUGCGACCACGUGGGAUCUAGAGUCUUUGGGUUUUUUAAAAAUACAUCUUGAGAGAUAAACGCUAUGUCACAUAAACGCUUAUGUGUGUACAUACACGUAUAAGAGUAGAAUAGCACUGCAUUGGUUGUGACACCUUGGUCUUUCUAUAAAAAGGUGCUUAACAAUUUAUUUAUUUUCAUCAGAACUUUCUUUACGAAAGGAAGAACUCACGACGCUUUCAGGCACAUUUAGGGAAGUGAUACUUCAAAUAAACUAAUUAUUUCAAAGAUUAGGAUGUAGAUCAUGGAUUUGAUCAUUUCUACAUGUAAGCACGUCUGACAACAUUAUGUUUAUAGUCACCACUUGCGAGAAUUGUUCGCAAAAUUGUUAUUCUAUUCAAAAUGUUUUCUUUUAUAUUUAUGAAUAUAUAUCACCUUAUUAAAUCAUGUUUGUGAAAUCCUUGGUACUUACCAAUCAAAAGUUUAUUGCAUUAGCAGGAAAUUGUCAUUGAAAUUCAACUGUUAUAAAAUGAAGUAUGUAAUUCAUUAGUUAAGUAUUGAGAAUAAAAUAUCAUAUCGUAAGUUGUACUAUAUAUAAUACUUUCGGGGAACUAAGCAGUAUUAAAUGCAAUAAAACUUAGCAUGUAAUUAUAUUUUAAUUAUGUCUUCAAAUGUAAAUUUUUUUUAAGUUAUGACCUUUAAAUUUCAAAAAUUAUUAAUAAUCUUCUUGUAAUUACGCAUGAUUAUAAUUAAUCUGAUAUAAACUAUUCAUAUAACUAAAAAC